GUUGAGUUGCUAAACUGUUUACAUCUGGGGUUUCCCGCAUUGCUAUGAAGUAGACGCUGCUCUAUAACGGGCAGCUACAGUGUAUGGCUCCAUCUCAUGUUGACAAGAUGAUUAAGACAGAAAAAAUUCUGCAUUUAAAGACCAAUCGGGGGCGAAAGGUCCGAGUGGUCCGCGAACAUUACGUGAGAGAGCGGGUUCCAUGCUACAGCUCUCUGUGUCUGGACAGCUGUGACAACGGUGACAAGGUGUUGCCAGGGGAUUUAACACACUAUGUGGUGCCUGAUGCUGGGGUCGUGGUUGACUAUCAGGAGAUCUUGGAGUUCAGAGAGGUGCAGGGCAUCAUCUUCACCCAGACAGCCUGCCAGGCUGUGCAGCACAGCAAAGGACGCAGACAGUACAACCGCCUGCGAAACCUGCUGAAAGACCCCCGACAUGACUGUGUGCUGUUUGCAAAUGAAUUUCAAGAAUUUUCCUACUGCCCGCGAGAGAAGGGGGAGAGUCAAGAAAAGUGGCAGACCAGGUGUGUGUACUCUGCAGCAGUUUGGUACUACAACCACCUCGCUGGUAUGAUGGAUGUCGUGAUGAUUACGGAGGACCGGGAAGCCAUUGCUCAGUACUGCAGCCUCAACUCUGGAGUGUACGUCAUCUCUGUGCAGGAUUAUUUGCAGAACUUCUGGUCAGAACUGCAGGCAGCCCAUGAGUUGUACAGCUCCAUUUCCCAGUCUCUGCUGGAGAAGGAGAGCGAGGGCGCAGAGAGAGAGUUCACUGAUUAUCUACCGGCUGAAGUCCUGGAGGCUGGUGUCAAGUCUGGACGCUACAUUCAGGGAAUGUUGAACGUCAAUAAGCACCGAGCACUGACUGAAGCUUGGGUCACAACAGAGGGUCUCUCGGAUAAAAACACAGGGUUGCGCAGCGAGGUGUUGGUGUACGGAAAUAAGAAUCGUAAUCGGGCUGUGCAUGGCGACAUGGUUGUGGUGGAGUUGUUGCCAAAGAGCGAGUGGAGAGGGAAGGUCACCGUGCUGACUGAGGGCCAAGGCGAUGACAAGAAUGGCGAGGACAUCCAAAGUCAGCCUGUGCCUACAGGGCGCAUUGUGGGCAUCCUGCAGAGGAACUGGAGGGACUAUGUGGUAACAUUCCCGGCAAGAGAGAGCACGCAGUCCCAGAGCAGGAAUUCUCAGCGUAUUCUGACUGUGCCUUGGGACUAUCGCAUCCCAAAGAUCCGCAUCAGCACGCAGCAGGCUGACGCUUUGCAGGACCACAGAGUGGUGGUCCGCAUUGACUCAUGGGAAAGCACGUCACUGUAUCCUAAUGGACACAGCGUGAGGGUUCUGGGUCGGGCCGGUGAGCUUGAGACAGAGAUUCAGACCAUCCUGUUGGAGAACUGCAUCCACGUGGCUCCCUUCUCCGAUGCGCAGCUGAGAGAGAUGCCCGUGAACUCUCCUGAGAGGCCGUGGAGAGUGGAUCCUGCUCAAGUGGCCGAGAGGCGGGACCUGAAGGAGAGUCACUUGGUGUUCAGCAUCGACCCUGCAGGCUGCGAGGAUGUCGAUGACACGCUGUCUGUGCGCCAUCUCGACGAAGGGAAGCUGCUGGAGCUCGGGGUCCACAUUGCUGACGUGACGCACUUUGUUUCUGAAGGAUCACUCACCGACUUGGAGGCACGCGCAAGGGCUACAACCUACUACCUUGCAGACCGCAGGUAUGACAUGUUGCCCGCAGUUCUCAGCGCAGAUCUCUGCUCUCUGUUGGGAGGAGUCGACAGGUAUGCAAUGAGCGUGCUGUGGGAGCUUGACGCACACACCCUUGCUGUCAACAAAGUGUGGUACGGUCGCACAAUCAUCCGUUCCUCCUACCAGCUCCAUUACGAGCUGGCUCAGGCCCUCCUCAAUGGCGAGCAGGCCGAGGUACCAGAGUUGGCCCAUCUGAGCUCCCACGACAAGGAUGCAAAAUUAGCUCAGCUCACCCAGGCUCUGGAGAUGCUGACCCACGUGGCUCGACACUUGCGGGCACAGCGGGAUCAAGGCGGUGCUCUGGAACUGGAAGGGGUGGAGGUGAGGGCCCAGCUGGACCAUGACAAGAACAUCACGGCUCUGGUUCCACGUCAGCCCCUCGAAAUUCACGAGACGGUGGCCGAGUGCAUGAUUUAUGCCAACCACUGGGUCGCGCGCAAGAUCCAGGAAAGCUUUCCUCAUCAGGCUCUGCUGAGACAUCACCCUCCACCACGACAGGAGUUCUUCAGCCAGCUGGUUGACAGUGCCAAGUCCAAGGGCUUCAGCAUCAACACUAGGUCCAAUAAAGCUUUAGCUGACUCUCUGGACCAGGCUGUGGACCCACAAGAUCCCCUGCUGAACAGGCUGCUGAGAAUGAUGGCCACCCAAGCCAUGUCUCAGGCUCUGUAUUUCUCUACUGGUGCUACGUCCCAAGACCAGUAUUACCACUAUGGUUUGGCUCUGGACCGAUACACGCAUUUCACCUCACCCAUUCGUCGCUAUGCUGACAUGGUGGUCCACCGCCUUCUUACUGCAGCCAUUGGCAUGGAGAAGGGGCGGAGCUCCGCUCAAGCUUUAGCCACAAACAAGGAACUGGAGGAGCUGGCGCAUCAUAUUAACCAAAAGAACAGGGCGGCCCAGCAGGCCCAGAAGUUGUCCACCGACUUGUUCCAGUGUUUGUAUUUCAAGGAAAAAGACCCUCACACAGACCAGUGCUGCAUGGCCGAUGCUGUCGUUUAUGCCAUCCGAGACAACGGCGUGUUGGCGUUUGUCCCACAGUAUGGCGUGAAAGGGCCGGUGUACUUGAAGAACCGAGAAGGCCAAGUGGUCUCGGCUGGACAAGAUGGCAGGUGUGAGUGGCAGACCGGUUCCGUGCACCGCUAUUCGGACCACAUCACAACCUCGUCCACAACGGGAACCACCACCCUCACACUCUUCAACCAUAUCACUAAUUAUUACGCUUGCCUCAGGUUCGCAUUUCCGUGCAGUCGUCCCGCUGUCACGCCGACAGUCUCAACCUGGAGCUCGUCAACAACAAGCCGCACCAGAGCGCGGAGCUCCAGCAGCCUCCGUCGCAGGGCCGCAACCAGCUGGUGCAGGAGGUGGUGCGCUUGGCCGAGGAGGCGUCCCAGCAGGCUCAGGAGAAGGCGGCACAGCGGCCCAAGCUGUCCAAACAGGAACGAGAGUUCUGCCAAAGCAAAAGCCCCAAUUUAUACUUAUUCCUGGAGGAGAUUAGAGAGCUGGCGCUGAUGGACCUGGACUAUGCAAACUCAGCCUAAAGAGCCAUGGACGUCAACUUUUUUAUCUUUUUUUUUUUUUUUUUUUUUUACAGCAUGACAGCUUUGUUUUGUAUUAGGGCCACAUAAAAAAAAAAAAAAUCUGAGAUUUUGAGAAUAAAGUUGUAAAUUUACGAGAAUAAAGUUGUAAUAUUACAUGUCAGAGCAAAAAUACAGUACAGCAUUGCUUUCCGGAAGGAAAUCGUUUUAUUUAUAAUGUGGCAGCAAAACAGAGCAGCGGAGCAUAAACAGAUUAGCAUGACUAGCCCUUCUCACUUCCGCCCCCUCCACAUACCCAAGGCCAAAGGUCACAUAAGUCCCCCCUUUUCAUAGCUGUCUUAUUUCUCAGUUUUUCUCAUAAAUGUAUGACUUUAUUCUCGAAAUCUCUGACUAUUUUAAUACUCAGUUGUAACAGGCAUUGCCUGAGACAGCUAUGAAAAGGGAGGACUUACGUGACCUUUGGCCUUGGGUAAUAUUACGCCUUUUUUUCUUGUAAAUUUAUGACUUCAUUCUCGAAAUCUCAGAUUUUUUUUUUCCAAUGUGGCCCUAAUACUCUGUCGUAGUUUUGAUAUUGACUCAUGUACAGUAGAUAUUAAAUGAAAAUAAAUGUGGUAUGUUGAUUGUGAAGAUGUUUUCUUGAAGG